AUGAGUCUAUUAGGAGUUACUGAUCACCUGUUACGAAAAAAUGCUUCAGUACAGUUUGUGCGGCUCUUAUUCUAUUUGUUGGUGGUUAGUAAAAAUAGUGGCAAAGGGGAAGAAGUUGGAGAUUUGGUAAUGACUCCGAAUGGCACGCAGCAGGUAGUCAAAGAAGGUGCGAAUCUCAUGCUAACUUGCACGUACGAUCACGAAGGUAACAUUUCGUGGACAUUGCCGGACAACCUUGCAAAAUAUCCGGUAGGUUAUUCAAACUUAGAUCUUACUAAUUCAGAUGCAGGUAUUGACCGUCUUCAUAAGACCUUUGCCAGCAACAAAACUCAUGCAACAUCUACAAUGAUUGUGAGAAAUGCCCAAAUUAUAGACACUGGAGAUUACACUUGUAACGUACACUCGGCGACACGUUAUCUUCGGCAUAGUCAGCAAUAUAUCUACGUUUACAACGAUGUAGAUCUCAUAAUUUUGGACGAAAAGCUCUAUCACGAAUACGCUUGCAAACAGGGCGAUUCAAUUGUCAUUCCUUGCAGACCCACACAUCCAAACGUUACGUUCCAUCUCAUCCGCAAUUCUCACAUCACUGCAAAAGGCUACAAGUGGAAACAUUCAGAUGACCUGCUUUUCGAGCUGAACACAAAAUGGUCUAUGGAACCACAACGAGGUUUGAUGCUGACAAAUGCGACCAUCGGUGAUUCUGGCCAAUACCAAUGUUUUGGAACAAUGAACAAUAUCACCGACUGGGAAUACUUUCAGAUCUACGUCAAAGGUAUUGAACUAGUAAGAAAUGGUGAAGCAGAUGAACCGCUAGAAGGAAGUAACGUCACGUUAAUCUGCCGCACUCACGCCGAACGUGAAUUAUCCUCGCCUCCGGAAUGGGCUUACCAGCAGACCAGCGAUAUCGAUGGUAUACUUAAUUUUAUCAACAACACAAACACAUCCGAAGUCAACACAGAGUAUUACAAUGAAUUGCAUUCCCGUCGCUUUAAAACAAUACUCUCCGGCGGUGAACGAGUAUGGAGAUACUACGAAAGUCGCAUAGAACUGAUCGAUUUAACCCUGAACGACAACAUUACCUUUCACUGCAAAGUCAAUAAAGAUAAGGAAACCAUGUCAAAAAAAAUUUCUUUUCGUGUCAAAGAAAGAAGCGAUAACUCAAUAAAUAAUUUCGUUCAAUUGGAGAACGGCAAUGCCAAAAACUUGACGUGUGUGGGAUCACUUCAAAGAAAUUACAUUCAAUGGCUCAAGAACGACAAGGAAUACCCAGGAAUAGUUUACUCGUCUGGCAGCUCAUCUACUUUGCUAUUAAACGGGACCGUUGAUGAAAUAGGGGAAUACGUUUGCUGGUGGAACAACAGCCUUGGAGAGCUGAGGCAUAGAAACUUCACCGUCUUUUUCGCUGGAACACAAACUAGCGCAACUGCAAUUCCCAUAUCCGUAAAUCUGGCCGCUUUAAUAAUUAUAAUCGGAAUUGGCAUCAAACUUUAUUUGGAUAAGAAAAAGCCCUUAUUUCAGGGAGCAAAGAAGCUACUUGAAGGCAACCUCAAACAUGUCAGCCAACAUCUAUCAGUGGAAGAGCAAAUUGAACUGCUACCCUACGAUAAGCGAUGGGAAUUCCCCAAAAAUCGACUAGCCCUCGGAAUACAAUUGGGUGCUGGAUGCUUCGGUCGAGUUGUCAAGGCGGAAGCAGUGGGGAUUGAAGGCUCGGAUGAACACGUCAAAACAGUAGCCGUCAAAAUGGUUCGCUCAGAAACUAACGUCGCUGCCUUAGAAGCACUGGUGAGCGAAAUGAAAAUUCUAAUGCACUUGGGAUCGCAUUUGAAUGUCGUCAAUCUCCUCGGAACGUGUACAAAACAAAUCAAAAAAGGGGAGCUAUUUAUCAUUGUCGAAUACUGUCGCUUUGGCAAUUUGCAAACCUAUCUUAUCAAUCAUCGUCAUGGUUUUAUUAAUCUAAUGGACGAGUGUGGCAACAUGAAAUCGGAUGACGAAAUGCACAAAAUCUUUAGCGAAUACGGUGACGUUGCAUUAACUCGAACGGGCUCUACAUUGGAAAAUUCAAAAAUUUCUCGUGAGUAUAAUCAAGUUAUUUUAAAAAUUCAUUGUUAAAAAAAAACAGAAAAAGAAAUUUUUCCCUUUUUUUCAGCUUUGGAAUCCGUUUAUGAUCCUCAAGAGCCUAAAUCAUUUUGGCAUUACCAAGAAGAUUCGGAUGCUACUUUAAUUCGAUCGGUUUCUACUCGAGACUUGAUCUCGUGGUCUUUUCAAAUAGCAAAGGGAAUGGAUUACUUGGCCAGCAAAAAGGUUAUUCACGGCGAUUUGGCGGCUCGCAACGUUUUACUGGCCGACGACGGAGUCGUAAAAGUGGCAGAUUUUGGAAUGGCUCGGAAAAUGUACUUGGAUAGUAAUUACGAGAAGAAAGGACAGGGAUUAAUGCCAAUCAGAUGGAUGGCCAUAGAAUCUUUUACGGACCGGAUCUUUUCUAGCCAAUCGGAUGUCUGGUCUUACGGGAUAUUCCUUUGGGAACUCUUUUCCCUUGGAAAAGCUCCGUAUCCAGGAAUGGAUGUGAGCCAUCAACUGGUAAAAGAAAUUCAAAAUGGCUACCGAAUGGAGAAACCUGAAAAUGCGACAAAUACAAUUGGGAAAAUCAUGAUGGACUGCUGGAAAAUCGACCCAAAAGAAAGGCCAACAUUCCGCCAAAUCCAGGAGAUGAUUCAAGAUCACAUAGAGACCUCAGUUGGCUCUGAUUAUUGGAGCCUGAACUUUCCCUACGCAAAUCUUAAUGAAUAGGAGUUUAAUGGCUCUG